GUCUGCAUUCGGUUAGCCCUCUGAGACUGCCCACGAUGGCUUCGAAUGGCCAUGACCGCGGCAUUAACGACGAUACCUACUCGACCGAACACUCUAUCCCCUUGCAGGAUCUCUCCGGUCCGUCGAUACCAGAGCAUGAACGCGACGCCACCCCCGGUGUUGCAACGAGGUUGGGACGAUCUUUGACCGGCAGAGGCCGGACAGGACGGACAUAUGAACGGAUAGCGGAGGACUCUCCUGUCGAACCCGCCAAUGCGGCGGGCAAUGCGCACCCGCAUCGUGGGGUCCUCAACGAGCACGGCGAUGCUGCCGUCGAAGAUCCGGGGGCAUUUGCCCAGGCAAUGUCCUCGGUCGGACUCAGCUUCCAGCCAUCCUCCAGUGCCGCCCUCUCCCCGACGCAUAGCCGGGCAGCCUCCAGCAUCGACCUCGACAACGUGCCUCUAGAUGGAGCCGAACGCUGCCCCUCCCACGCCGAAAGCUACACCGACACCGCGCCGUUGACGGAUAUCCGACACGUUCAGCCGAUAAGUGGAGCGUUGGGCUCGGACAAUAGACAAUAUGGUGACGGAACCGGUGCCCAUGACGUUCAAUUCCCCGCUGUCAGUCUCCCGGGGUCACGACUGGGCGAUGAUCUGGAGGGCGGCUUCAUUAGCAGGUCCCGUGGAUCAAGCAAUGCGGGGGACAGGUCUCGUUCGCUGUCGCCCUCGGCUUCUGGAUCUGCCUUGUUGCGGGCCAGCUCGAUGAUGAAAUCCAUGUCCCAGCGUAUCGUUAACCUCAGUAACGAACCCGAAGUGGUGGAACAGUCGAUCCUGAGGGAGGAAUCACAACGAAAUGCGCGGAUGGAGGAGCCGCCGUCUCUCCCGUCCUUGCCGGAUUACGCGCAUGAUGCGCCGUCGAGCAGUUCGUUGAACAGUUUCGCUCCCGGAGAGAAACUGCCAUCGGACAAUAAAGCAUGGCGCGGCAUUAGCAACCCCCUCAAGGGGAAAUCCUUGGGCUUCCUGGGUCCGGAAAACGCUCUACGGAUGUGGUUGUGUGAUCUCCUGGUCCAUCCAUUUACGGAGCCGUUUAUCUUGGUCGUGAUUGUUGUACAGACCAUUCUGUUGACUAUCGAGGGCUCACGCUCGGUUUGGACUCAUCCAAGAGCGGUGACAUGGGGAUCCAAUCCCAUGGACUACCCUUAUUUUGCUAUCUUUAUCUUCUAUACACUUGAAAUCAUCGCGAAGAUCAUCGUGUCCGGGCUCAUUAUCAAUCCUGCUGAGUACAGUACUAUAGACCGAUCACUUGGGUUCAGGAAAGCAAUAACCGAGAAAGGAAAGAAUCUCAUCAUACCGCAGCGGCAAUUCUCUACGAAAAGGCCUUCUGUCGUUCCGGAACAACCCCAAGCCUCCAUAUUACGCACCUUUACAGGCGGACUGAAUCAGAUGGAACGUCAGCUGGAACGCCAGCUGGCCGAUGAUCCGCGUCAGAAGAGCCGUGUGAGACUUGCCCACCGUGCAUUUCUCCGUCACUCUUUCAACCGUCUCGACUUUGUCGCUCUAGUCUCGUACUGGAUCUCCUUUUUUCUCUCUAUAUAUGGAGUCGAGACACGCCAGCAGCUCUACGUGUUUAGCAUGCUCAGCUGUCUUCGAAUUCUUCGUCUUCUUGCGCUGACCAACGGUACUUCUGUUAUCCUCCGGAGUCUCAAAAAGGCGGCACCGCUUCUUACACAUGUGGCGUUUCUUAUCGGGUUCUUUUGGCUUCUGUUUGCUAUUGUUGGCAUACAAAGCUUCAAAUCCAGUCUUCGAAGAACCUGUGUUUGGAUUGGCGUUGAUGGUCAAAGUAACUACACUCAAAACGAUCCUAAUGGCAGCUUACAAUUUUGCGGGGGUUAUGUCAAUGCGAGCACCGGGCAAAGCAUGCCGUGGAUUCAGUCAAACAACGUCCCGACUUCGUCCAGUCCGAAGGGGUACCUCUGCCCUGUAGGGUCUCUCUGUGUUGAAGGAACCAACCCGUAUAACGGGACCGUGAGCUUUGAUAAUAUCUUGAACUCACUGGAGCUUGUGUUCGUGCUCAUGAGCUCGAACACCUUCACUGACCUUCUGUAUUACACUACUGACAGUGACUACCUCGCGGCCUCUCUUUUCUUCGUAUGCGGACUUAUUAUCCUGAGUUUGUGGAUGGUUAACUUGCUGGUUGCGGUUAUCACCCACUCCUUCCAAGUCAUUCGAGAGGAGAGCCAGCGCAGUGCCUUUGCUUCGCAGAAGAUCGACAAAACUGACAAGGAGGACGUGUCAUCUCGCAAGAUCAGUACGAUUAAACGUCUCUACGAUAAGACUGAGUGGUUCUGGGUGUGCAUCAUCAUCUUCGACCUUACCAUCCAGGCUCUGAGGAGCUCUUCCAUGGGACUUGCUCGAAAGAAGCUAAUUGACAACACUGAAACAAUCGUCACCCUCGUCUUCCUUUUUGAGAUAGUCCUGCGGUUUGCCUCUGACUGGCGUUCAUUCCACAGGAAGUAUCGAAACUGGGUCGAUCUGGGGCUUGUCGUUAGCACUUGCAUCAUCCAGAUCCCGGCGAUCAAGGCGCAUGAGCGUACAUACGAUGUCCUCACGCUCUUCCAGGUUCUGCGAGUAUACCGAGUCGUGCUUGCGUUCAAGAUGACCAGGGAUCUUAUUAUGAUUGUCUUCCGCAAUGCAGUUGGUCUUUUGAACCUUAUCGUUUUCGUGUUCCUUGUUACGUUCCUGGCGUCUAUCUUUGCUACGCAGCUCUUUCGCGGUCAAAUACCCCAGGAGGACAACGACGGUGACACCAUUAUCGUCACGUUCUCUGAUAUCUACAACUCGUUUCUCGGGAUGUAUCAACUUCUAUCGAGUGAGAAUUGGACAACCAUUCUCUACAAUGCCACCACCUACACGUAUUCCUACGAUACGGCUUGGAUAUCGGCAACUUUCUUGAUAAUCUGGUUCAUCUUUUCAUGCUUCAUUGUCCUGAACAUGUUCAUUGCUGUCAUCCAGGAAAGUUUCGAUGUCUCAGAAGAUGAAAAGCGACUCCAACAGGUCAAAGCCUUUUUGGAACAGAAGCAGGUCAACAUGUCUUCCCAGGGCAAUUUGUCUCUUUCCAAAAUUCUCCAAUUGGGACGGGAUUCCAGUCGCUACAAGGACCCUCUGGACCAUGGCCCAGCGGCGUUGGAAAUGCUGCUCAAGGAUGCUGUUGUCCACGAGUUCCUCGACGAGAAUGAGAUAUCGGAGAACCGGCCGAGAGACAGCACGCAUCUAGAGACAACUGCUACGGCGGACACAGCCCAGCCCGGCUUCUUCUCGCGCACGUGGACGAAGCUGUCCUCUUUAAUCAUGCGGAAAGAACAGAACCCUUUCUAUUCCAAGCUGGAGAUCUCGCGGGCGUUCGAAGAGCUGGACCCGAGAACUAUGGCUCAGGAGUUUGUGUCUGCUGCGGAGCAAAGGAAAAAAGCUCAGCGCGAGUAUCUCAUGCGACACCCAAACUAUAACAAGUCACUUUUCAUGUUCCCGCCAGCACACCCCGUUCGGAAGCUAUGUCAGCGCAUUGUGGGGCCUGGGCGCGGAGUCCAGCGAGUCGAGGGUGUAGACCCCUACAAGCCUGUUUGGUACACGUUCUCCGCCUUUAUCUAUGCGGCCAUCGUUGCGAUGGUCCUGCUGGCAUGUAUAACCACGCCAAUCUAUCAGAGAGACCACUUCCAGAAUAAUAGGGACUGGUUCACAUACACUGAUAUGGGCUUCGCGGUUUUGUUCUCCAUCGAAGCGCUCAUUAAGGUUAUUGCGGAUGGUUUCUUUUGGACACCUAAUGCAUAUUUCCGUGGCUCUUGGGGUUUUCUGGAUGGGGUUGUCUUAAUUACGCUUUGGAUCAGUGUUGGUGGAUCCUUGUACGCAGACUGGGGCAUCACCCGGGCGAUUGGGGCCUUCAAGGCCCUGAGAGCUCUCCGACUUUUGAACGUCAGCGACAGUGCAAAGAAUACGUUCCAUGCGGUCAUCAUUGUCGGCGGAUGGAAGGUCAUUUCGGCUGCCGCGGUUUCGAUGAGCUUUCUGAUCCCUUUCGCUAUCUACGGAGUUACCCUCUUCAAUGGUCGAAUGAUGUCGUGCAACGACGGCGAUAUCUCGGGAAGCUUGGAUGCGUGCAUCAACGAGUAUAAGAGCUCGCCCUACGAUUGGGAUGUUCUCGCUCCGCGAACCGCGCAAAAUUCCUACUAUGACUUUGACAAUUUCGGGGACUCUCUCUUCAUAUUGUUCCAGAUCGUGUCUCAGGAAGGUUGGAUCGACGUACAGGAAAGCGCCAUGGCUAUCACCGGGCUUUUCAUGCAGCCGCAAGACUACGUGGCGCCGGCCAAUGGGAUUUUCUUCAUCGUCUUCAACUUGCUCGGUGCCGUCUUCGUCUUGACGCUGUUCGUGUCUGUCUUCAUGCGCAACUACACGGAGCAGACUGGUGUCGCCUACCUUACCGCCGAACAGCGAUCCUGGCUAGAAUUGAGGAAGCUUCUCCGACAGAUAUCUCCUUCGAAACGGUCGUUCGAUAAGAAGAGUCAGGAGUGGAGGAUGCGGUGCUAUCGAAUCGCCGUCAAGAAGCACGGUUAUUGGGCAAGAUUUGUGACCUUCAUUCUCUCGCUCCAUCUUUUGCUGCUGGUCUUGGAAUACUAUCCCGAGCCGGGUAAAUGGGAUCACGUCAGAGAGAUAUUGUUCUUUGUGUUCAACUUCGUCUACAUUGCCAAUGUGGCCAUCCGGAUUCUCGGGUUAGGCUGGCAUCGGUUCAGCCGCAGCUCGUGGGACAUUUAUUCGCUUCUCUCGGUCACUGGAACGUUGAUCACCACGGUCUUGAGGUUUUCAUCGACGAGCCAAGUGAUCAACGAAUUGAACAAGCUCUUCCUUGUGUCCAUCACCCUGCUCAUCAUCCCACGAAACAACCAGCUUGAUCAACUGUUCAAAACAGCCGCUGCUAGUCUGACCUCGAUCGGGAACCUCCUCGCGACCUGGUUUGUCCUCUUCCUCGUGUUCGCUAUUGCCAUGAACCAAGCGUUCGGGCUCACGAAAUUCGGGUCCCAAGAGACCAACAACCUCAAUUUCCGGGACAUUCCUAGGUCGCUCAUCCUGCUCUUCCGGAUGAGCGCUGGGGAGGGAUGGAACCAGAUCAUGGAAGACUACGCUACGAUGCUACCACCAUACUGCACGUACAACGGCGAUUACUUCGGCGAUGACUGUGGUAGUGCACCCUGGGCCCGGUGUCUAUUCAUUGCCUGGAACAUCAUCAGUAUGUAUCUCUUUGUGUCUCUGUUCACGUCCUUGAUCUUCGAGAGUUUCUCGUACGUGUAUCAGAAAAGCAGCGGGCUCUACGCGGUCAGUCGCGAGGAUGUUCGUCGCUUCAAGCAUGCGUGGGCUACAUACGACCCCGACGGAACCGGCUUUAUCACCAAAGAACAAUUCCCGCGGCUGCUUGGAGAGCUCUCGGGGGUGUUCUCGAUGCGAAUCUACGAUGGCGAGUUCACGAUUGGGCAAAUCAUGGAGGAGUGCCGGGUCGACCAGCGAGACUCGCUGAUCGCGCAUCGCAGAGUGAUGGAUGGGCUGGACCUGGACAAGAUGGCCAAAAUCCUCCGGCGGAUCCCGGUCAAGGCCGUGCGCACUCGCCGGCAACGAUUGAAUUCGUUCUACGAGGAAGUCCUGGUCUCCGCGGACCCUGUGCGCGGCAUCUCCUUCCACUCAUGCCUCAUGAUCCUGGCCCAUUACAACGUGAUCAGCGACAGCAAGAGCCUGCGGCUGGAAGAAUUCCUCCGACGACGGGCGCGACUCCAGCGGGUCGAGGAAACCAUCCGCCGCCACACCGUGAUCGGCUUCUUCGACACCCUGUACUGGUCUCGCGAGUUCCGGCGCCGCAUCGAGCAUAAGAAGUCGGCGCGGAUGAGCGGCGUGCCUCAGUUCUCGGUCCCGGAGAUCUUCGUGGACGACGGAUCGCAGGACGAGCCCGCGACUGCGGAAGGGUUGCGAGUCAGAGCGGAUACACUGGUCGGACCAGGAGACCCGUCCUCGCAGCAGCAGCCGCAGCCGCAGCAGCAGCAGCAGCCGAUGCUGUCCCCGAUCUCCCCCACGGGAGCCCCCGGGUCACGAUUCCAACUGCCGCCCAUCGACACCAGUCCCAUGGGCCGCAUCUCGGCCCUGCACUCGCCCUCGACGGAAUGGUCGAGCAUCAGCCCGUCCCUGUCUCCUCAUCGGGAGCGCGCCAACACGACGUCGUCGUACGGAAGCGGGCCGGACCUGCACGACGUGAUCGAGAGCAGCUCGGCGCAACAUUCCCGCGAGAACAGCGCCAUGAACGUCAACGAUGUGAUGCAGUCGCUGGGCGAGUCGGCCUGGGGUGAGAGUAUCCGGCGCAGCUUCACGCAACGCCGUCGAUCGGGGGAGUAGACUAGAGCUAUAGUAAGUCGGUGAUGACAAGCGAAGUUGAUCUACGAGCGAUGUUGCCAUGAUGUCCCCGGAUGAAAAGUGAUUCUCGGGAUGUAGCAUUUUUUUUUUGUUUUUUGCUCCUGUUUUUGGCGUGCCUUGGCUGCUUCAUUGCGAUGGUCUUGUUGUUUUCCAGGUCACGCUCCUAUAUCUAAACGCAGUGUCUUUUUCCCUUUUUUUUUUUUUUUCUUCUUUUUUUUU